GGCGCCACUAGACAACACUGGUAAAAAUAUGCGAAAAAAGUGGUGGGAAAACAAUAAAUAAUAAAGGAAAUAUGGUUAUCUCAUAACGCGGAUAAACCGGAGCAGCUGCCAAAAUGAGUCUCAACCUGGGGGGCUGGAUCCACAGCUUCACCGUGACGGACACACAGCAGCACAAAGGAGGAUACACAAUUUACAAGAUUACCUCGAUCGUCUUCCCACGCUCGGUGCCCCAAGCCCUCACGUGCCUGGUUGUGUGGAAACGCUUCCACGAGAUCAAGCGGCUGCACAGGGAGCUGAGUCGCCGGCACAAGAGUCUCCAGCUGCCCGGAAAGCUGCCCGUGCCCACGGACAGCAGCUACUUCAAGCGCUUCGAUGCGCUCGUCAUCCAGCGGCGCAAGGAGUACAUCCUGCAGCUGCUGGACUUUGCGGCCCAGCAUCCGGCCCUCUACAAGUGCAGCACAUUUACCCAGUUCUUCAGCGAGGCGCACUCUCCGAAUGGUUCGCCGCUGAAGAAGCUCUAUGUGGAGCGCUCCCUGAAGCUAAAAACCUCCGCGGACACUGAGGGUAGUUGCAGUGGAGCGGGGGCUGGCAGCGUGAGUGGCACGGGGGCCGGCGCCAUAGCUGACAUUUGCGAUAAGCUUGAUCUGCCCUAUGACCCGCACAGCGCUGGUGGCAUCUUGCCACUGGAUCCACGAUGCGAUAAAGAGCAGCAGUCCCAAAACUGCAACGAUGCAGCAGAUGCCAGGGAAGCCAAAGCCGAGACAGACGCCGAGCCGAAGUCAAAGCCGGAUGAGGGGCAGGCCAAACGGGACUACCUGCGACUGCUCACGCCCAUGGCGUCCAUUGAGAGCGACGACAGCGACUACAUCUACGAGGCAGCCCUGGAGUUCAGUCACGCCGUGCAGGCGGAGGUGAAUCUCGAGUAUGCCGAGGCACACGAGCUCUACAAGCACGGCGUGGAUCUGCUGCUCGCUGGAGCCAAGCACGACUCGAAUGAGGAGCGCAAGUUCAUAGCCAAAGCGAAGAUAUCAAAGUACCUGGCACGCGCCGAGGAAAUACACGCCAACUUCCUGGCCAACUCCGCCAAGAAGCUGCACUUCCAGCUGUCUCUGGACGUAGCGGACAGCGCGAGUGUCGCGCAACUGGAGUGCUCGUGGAACCAGCUGGCCAAGUACAAGGUGGUGCAAGUGCUCGACGAGCGCGUGAUGCAGGUGCAGUGCAUCACCCAGCCCCAGCAGCCGGCGGCCAUCAUGAAGGGCAUCGAGAAACCGGCCAGCCACUCGCUCACCCAGAGCAUCUUCCUGCCCCAGCAGGUGCCGUACAUGGCCCAGUUGUUGGCCUACUUUCAGUCGGACCAAAAGAUCUUUCUGCUGCUCCGCCAGGCCGAGGGCGGACGCCUGUACGACUACCUACAGAGUUACACUCCCACGGGGACCAAGACCAGCAACUAUGGCGAGCUCUUUCCAGCGGAGAAAGAGGCGGUAGAGCCUGAGCCAGAGCCACCCCUCACCGCCGAAAGCGAUGUCAGUGAUCUGGUGCGCAACUCCCAGCAGCUGCUCAAAUCGGUUUCUCACACCCUCAGCAAUCUGCAGGCCGGCGUGCUUACGCCCAGGCGACAGAAGGCGGCUGCAUCUGGAGCCCGUGUCCUUCCGGAGCAGUGCCUGCGGCAGUGGGCCUGCGAGCUGGCCAUAGCCAUCCACAGCCUCCAUGGCAAGGGUGUGAUUCUGCGGGAUCUGCACAUGAACAACAUCCUGCUGGGUUCCAAGGGGCAGCUGUUGCUCACGUAUUUCUACCAGAACGAGGGCCUCAGCUCCGACGACAACUAUGUGCACAAGGCGCUCAGCCUGGAGGCAAUUUCCAAUCAUUUUGUGGCCCCCGAACGACCUCUUAGCUUUCGUUCCGAUUGGUGGAGCUAUGGCGUGGUGCUGUACCAGCUGCUGCUGGGAGUGCCCUACAAGUCCACGCAUCCCGGACAACUGGAGCUCUAUGGUUGUGUGCAGUAUCCCAGCGAAACGCUGGACAUCUCGGAUCAUGCUCGAGACUUGUUGGAACAGCUGUUGCAGCUGAAUCCGGAGCAGCGUCUGGACUAUGAACUGCUGCAGGGGCAUGCCUUUUUCAAGGGCAUCGACUGGCAGGCGGUGCUGGAGAACGGCAACUGAUGAAUCUUUAUAAUAUUCGAAAUAUUCUUUGAUAAUCUCUUUGAUUUCUGUAAGCCACAGACGAACAAUGUUUUAGGGUACAUCUGUUUUGCCAGUGUAUUAUUUUUUUCCCUUAAUAUUUAAUCCAUUUUUUAUAGUUCAAAGCCUUUGAGUGGCCUGAAUCCCUAUGGUUUGUUUUAUAAUUUUUGUUAUUGGUUUUUUGUUUAUUUUUUGGUACAAAAUACGCUUUAUUUAAUAACUAUUAUUUACAUUUGCGAAAUGUUCUAUAGUAUUGCUUACAAAUAUAUAAAAUGUAGCCUAGAAUACAGGGCGUAUUUAUGCAGUAAUUUUGAUAUACAAAAAGAGAGGUUUGCGAAUACAAUUAUGGAUAAAUUAGUAAAUAAGUAAAUAAUCUUUGUAACGCCAAUGAGCUAAAUUAGAAUAGAAAAAGCAUUUUAUUGUCUAACUACACAACAGUUUAUGGCUUAACUUAGAAACUAAAUUUGGUUGUGGGGACGGAUGGACGCACUUCUUUGGCGCACUUCCGUCGCCCGUAAGGCACAUUUGGAAUGCAUUCUGGGGGCGUGGUGUCACCCGGUGAUUAAUCCUAAACUUACGACUGAACAAAAAACCGCAUUAA